AACGGCGAGAAACGGUCGGAAAAAUGGCGUCCGAUAACGAAGCCUCUUGCGCGAGUGACCCAAAUUUCGCGGUGAUCUGCUCGUUCCUCGGCUGCUUCGGCAAGUCCUGCGGCAUCAUCUAUCCGGACAUCGCUCGGCUCCAGGAGAUGCUCGAGAACACGCAGGAAGUGUCGCAAGAAUUAAUAAAUCUGCACAUCAAACUGUUGCGAAAAACGCGUAAAACCGUGUCACCAGAAAAGUGGGAAAGGGCGCUAGUCAAGUUUUGCCACACGUACUCUAAUCAGGAUGGAUGGGAACUUGAGCGCUUCGGUUACAAGAAAGCUCGCGUCGCCGUUAAAUUGCGUUUACUCAAAGUAUUAUUGGAAACACAAUUUGACUUAAAUCAAAAGUUUAAGAAUGAAGUAAACAAAUUGGCAGCUGACGAGUUACGUGUGGAACCUUUAGGAAGGGACAAAAGUGGAUUAGCGUAUUGGUGUCAGCUGGACGAAGAGUGCAACAUAAGAGUUUAUAGGGAAGAUUUAGACGAAGAGAAUUGGGAAUUAGUAGCUAAGGAUCGAGAAGGUGUUGUUAGUCUCAUAAGUACCCUGUCGAAUGGCGAGAUCGAGGCUAUACCAAUUAACGAGGAUAGCAACAGCUUAGAGAUCUCUGAGAAACCUAUAAUUGACACUGGACAAGUGACAACGUCUCCGAGCUUGGAAGAGGACGAAGUUGUGCAAGAGAACGGCGUCGAGAUGAAGCAGCUACCGAACGGUACGAGCGACGAGUUUGAGGACGAACGAGAACCUGAUCAGGAUCACGAUCAAGCUCAGAGCGACGUUAUUAAUGAGACCGAGAAGGAAGAAGCUGACGAAGAAGAGGAUAUUGACGCGGAAGAGGAUGAUAUGACGAAUGACGAAAGUUCCAAGCAGAUCACGGAGGAAGACGAUUCUCAAGAAAUGGCGCAAAGUGUAGAAUCGAGGUGUACAAAUGAUUCGUCUUCGUUAUCGGCGACCAAUUUAAAGACGCCAAACGCGAAGGUGGACGCAACGUCGGAAGACGCGAGCCACAGAGAGGCUACUGACGAAACGUCCGCUACCUUGCUGUCGGAAAGCCAGUCCUCGAUAACGCAUAAACCGAUCGGUGUCACGAAAGCCGAACUUGAGGAGUCGGCACCGUUAAAAUCUAUAGAAACGCCCGUUAUUACUUCAUCUCCGCUGAAACUGGUGAAUAUUGUGGACUUGAAGCAGCAGCAGCAGCCGGAGGAGAAGUUAGCAAGUCCGACGUCUGUUAUCGCGCCCUUAAACGCGGCGAAGAAACACGGUGCUCCCGACGAGAUGACAGAGCCAGUCGUCAAGUCCCUCGAGAAGCUGCCUGUUAAAAACAGCCUCUCUUUCUCGUCCACGGACUCCAUUCCUGUGGGGCACAGUAAACUAUCCGUCAAACCGAUCGAUCAGCUGGCUGCGAAUCUUGUAAGGAUACAGUCGGAGAAAUUGGAGAAGCCGAGCGGACCGAAAUCGCUGGAAAAGAUAGCGGAAUCUUUAGCGAGGUCCAGCAGUAUGCUGGGGAACAUGGUGAACGGAGAGGACGACAGACUACCGCAGGACUUUUGCGCGAGAAAUCAAUCCGAAAAGUCGGCGACGCACAGGAGUCACAGAGGCAUCGAUUUGUCGACGUCGCCGCGUGGCUGGGAAAACGCGAACGAGCAGAACAGACCGGUGGACUUCUCCGGAAUCGAUCUUUCUAGUCGAAAAUUGGGAAAAACGAUGGAUCUGCCCUCGCCGGGCUACAGGACGCAAGAUUUCCAGCACCGAGAAAUGGAUCUGAGCACGAAGAAGGUGAGCAAGCCGGAGAUGUUGAAUCUGCCGUACGACGCGCGCAACAUCAUGUUACGUAACCACGUGAUGAUGCCCGACUUGAACAAGAGAGCGAUGCCGUUCACCGCGUACGAGGGGCCGUACCACAAUACAGCUAGAUUACCUGCCAAGGACGAGCACCGAUUACCAGGCUAUGCGAUACUUUCCGACCCCAGCAAGAUGACGACGCUGAGGAUGAACAGCGCGCCACUGAAACGUCCGAUAGAGGACGACGACGUGCAGCAAGAUAUGCAGCUGAAGAGGAUAAGGGCGGAUAUGAUGCCGAUCAGAGGUUCCAUGGACAAGAGACCGAUGAUGAGCGGCAACUGGAGGGACGAGGUGAGCGAGGCCAUCGAGGAGCCUAUAAUGAUGGUUCAAGGCGAGGGGUCUGGCAGCGAUUGCGACGCGGUGAAUCCCAUUGUCGGAGAGGCUAUAGAGGAACCGACGGCUUUUUUCUACGGCGAGGGUUCCGGCGCGGAGUGCGAGACGGGUAACCCCGGCGACGACGCGCCCACUGACAAUAAAGAAAGCAACGAAUCAAAAAGCGAACCUGACUCAGCUACCACGGCGUUGUCGCAGAAUAAGGUUUUAACCGAGGACGAGGUCUCCACUGGUUCGAUACUGUCGAACAAAACCCCUGUAAAAUUAAAUAGAAACUUUCCGCAGUCUAAUGUAAGCGUAAACGAUAAUUAUCAAAUAGUAGAUUCUAUGCAAGAGAAGCCAAAGUUCAAGCACACGUUAGGCGUCCAGAUAAUACCUAAAAGUACAACCGGUUCCGUCAAAAGGUUGUCCAGGUGGGACGUAGGGAAACCGGAGGAGAAAGGAGAAUGCGACAGCAGUAUCAUAUCAAAGGACGGAGACAUAUCACUGAGGAAGGGUACGGACGAUCUCGAGCGUGACAACGUGAAAGAGAAACUGUCGAGUGCGGAUGCUGAAUCGGAUCCUAAAACGAUUGGAUACGAGAAUUCCGCCGAUGUGGAUCGAGGCGUCAAGGUAGAGGAUCCUGCAAGCGCGGACAGCGAAGCCGUCGACGAUAGUCUUAAAUUGCAAGUGUCCGACGUGAGCUCGGAAGAUACAAAUACAAUAAAGCAGGAGAGGGACUCUGAGCCUCAAGAGCCCGUGCAGUGCGACUCGUCGAUAUCGUCGUGUCGAGCGGACACUUUGCAGGAGCCCGAGUCGUGUGCGGAUCUUGAACCUGCGGCGGACGCGACCAAUGCACAAAGCUCGUCCGAUUCGAGUAGCGUGGCGUCGCGCGAGCCGGACACUCCGGAAGUAACGAAUAACGAAUGCAAGCCAGCAGCCGUAUCUCCGCCGAGAUUUUUUUUUGGUCCCAAUUGCAUCUCUUAUACCUCGAAAGCCGACGAGUCUCAGGCUUCUCAGGCGGAGCAGAGCCUGACUGCAUCCGUUGAUGGAAAAACGGACACUGUGCAAUACGAAUGCGUGUCUUCGUCGAAGCCAGCGGACGAUGUGGUUUAUUCCGAUUACAAGACGGAAGAUUUUGACUUGACGCAAACGAACAAUAACUCGUUGAAAUCGGAUCUGUUUACCUCGGAGUCUGACGGCAUUUUGUGCGGAAAUAACAGCAAGGACGUGGAAAAAGUUGAGGCGCCAAGUAACACGUGGGAUCAAACGUCGAAGGAAAGGACCUCGGCACCCAACAGCCCGGUGGAUCCGAGUAGCGAAUCCGAGUACAAUGCUGCUGAUUUACCUCCCGCGCAAUCUCAAAUGGAGGCGAGCAAAGAGCCAAACGCACAAGAAUCUGUCUGCGCUGAUAAGGAAGAGGCAGAGGAUAGCUGCUCAAAAUUGCGUGCGAGCCCCACGCCAGAGGUGCUAGCUGAAAAUGAAAGUAUUAAUGAAAGUACGACUGAGGAGAAUUCAGUUAAAAUCAGUUCGAACAGCGAGUCCAGCAUCCAACCGGCAGAAUGUGGGAUUGUCGAACCACCGCAACGCGAUCAGUCUACAGAUUCUGGAAACCUUGUGAGCACGGAGACUCGAGAAGACUCUGUCAAAGGAUCGGAGGAUGUUGCGUCGCAGCUGUUAGACGAUAAGGAGGAUAGAGAUGAAAAGGCACCAGUCGACGACUCGAAAAACGAGAACGAUUAUCAUUCGGAUGAUACCAACGUUUUCAAGGAAGAGCAGAACAGGAUGGAGUCCGAGACGACGGCGCAUUCAUCUUUGUCGCUGCUUACGCAAAACUCGCAAGCAGAGCUGGCCGAUCUGAGGGAAUUCGAGGACGUUAAUAGCUCGAACGAGCCGUUAGAUUCCACGAGCGCGGUGGAUACUGCGAAUGAUCGGGAGGCGAACAGGCUCGAGAAAACCGACCUGGAUUCCAUCGGGGAGAGUUGCGACAAGCAGAGUGACAAGAAUGACAAUUUCUCCGAAAUUGAUGGUCAGGAGGAUCACUCGACCGACACGGACAACGAGAAGAUGAAGGGUCUGGCCGGUUCCGAUGCCGAUUCGUUGUGCGUAAACUACGACAAGAAUAGCGAGAGAACUGACGCGUUGUCGGACGUGGGGACCCAGGACGACGGGUCGGGGGAUUCCGAAGAGAUCAAGGACAAAGGAUUGAACGACGUGCAAGUUAACGAUACUGUAUUUGGUAUAAAUUCUGAAACGCAUCUUCCUGAAAAUUCUGCGGUGACCAGUUCGGAGUCCGUUCGAGAAAGUGAUAAACACGAUGUAGUUCCUACUAUUAGCAGUUCAGACGACGCCUCCGCGCAAGACUCUUCGUCCCAGGGGAGCGAACCUGCGCGAGCGGACGAUGAAAAGGUUGAAAAUACUUCGUCUGAUACUGAUAAGCCUUCUACGUUCAACAUUUCGCCUGUAACGGUGCCUGAAACGAAUAUCUUCGAACUGUCCAAGUCCGAUAUUGUCGAAACUGCGAAAGAAACAAGCUCGUCUAACUUCGUCCAGUCUACAAGCGAAUACGCCGACAAUGCUUCUGAAAAUCCCAGUUCUUGCGUCGAUCAAGAUUCGAAUGGUGAGAUGGUUAUAGACGAUCGUGUGUCUGAGUCGAAUGAAUCGUUUAAAGAAACUGAGGAAACUGUAACGAAUAGCCAACCACCAGGAGAUGCGGCACCAAAAGAUACGACGCAAGAAGUGUCAGCGGAAUUCGAGAAGGAAGCCCCAGCUCCUGCGAGUAUUGAACGCGAACCGUGCCAAUCCGAAACUGACUUGUCAGUGACGGAAACUGAGACCUCGGAGAAAGAGAAAGAAUCGGAAGUUGAUGCAGAGAGCAAAACCGACAACGAUCUCACAGAGUUGACGGCAAGAGACGAGAGUGAAACUUGUAGCACUGAUAAAGAGAAUACGAUGAUUGCAGAGGAUGCCUGCAAAAUUAAUAGAAGUGAAGGAGUUGCCGAGGACUCGGCAGUUGUGGAAACAUCAGAGACAGACACGGUGACCGCAACUGCCGAGCAGCCCGAGGCGAGCACUGUAGAUGUAAUUUCUCAGGAAUCACAAGCGAAUGUAGCGGAUGUUAACAAACAGUCACUAGUUGCGAAUUACGAUAGCGAUUCCAAUGAUAAUGUUAGCGACGAUGUUUUCGAGUCUGAUGCGCAAAUAAGCGAUUCCAAGGACCACGCUGUCGCCCCGAUAGAGCAAGAGACGAGCGAGGAGCAGAAUGAAAGGUCAUUUGUUAAAGAAGAAGACGUCGACAGCACAAAUUUAGCUUCUGAUGUGCCUCAAGAACCAGCGUCUACCGAGCAGCAAUUAGAACCUUCGGAAACGAAGGUUGAUGAAGUGUUAAAUCAAGAUGCAGCCAUAGUCGUAGAGCAAGACACAAAAAUUAAAGAACAAGAGUGUGCUGACGAGACGCAAGUUAAAUCUGCUUGCAAUAGUAUUGAACAUCGUUCGACCGAUCAGUCGACAGUGUCCUUAAAUGAGGUUGAGCCUCGAGAAGAAACGGACAUUCACGACAUUUCUGCCGCUGACGAUUCUAAAAUGUCGGAUGUGACGAAGCCCUCGGUAGCUCCGGUUGCGAUUGAAGAGACAACUGAAUUUCUUCAGAGCAAUAGUCUCGAGAUAAGCAUCGGUCACAGCGAGAGGAAUAAAGAAUAUCUCAAUAAUUCGAUCGAUAAUAUGAAGGCAGUACAGGAUAUUCGAAAUACAGUUGAGACGACGGAAAAGGCGGAUUGUUUAGCGUCUGAAAACGUUUGCGAUUUCAGCGAGAGCGACGCGAACGAAUCCGCGAAAGAUUCGAUUACUCGAGAGAGCACGGAAUUCAAUGAGGAUAAUCAGGUGACCGGUGUAUACAACGUAACGGAGCAAGCGAGAGAUACGGGCGAGAAACUGAGUGUCAGUUUGGAUACCGAGACUAUCGCAAGGUCAAAAAAUGUAAACGAACUUAUUACCGAGGAGCUGCCUGUUCCGCGCAAGAGAUUCAAAGAAGAUCUCGCUGCCUGUGGUAACGAAGACAAUAAGUGGGAUGCGAAGCCGCAAGAAGAGUGUUUAGCCAAGCCGUUCACGGAAGAGACGAAUUUACCGCCGAUUCAAACAGAAUCCGACAUCGUGCCAGCGAAACUGGAUAACACUUUGGACGCGGAUAAAGCACGCGCGUGGAAAGCCGAGAGCGCGAGCUUAGAGGGAAGCAUGUCUUCGGACGCUUUAUAUUAUUCGAACGCGAUGCCCACGAAGGUGGACAACGUUAAUAACUUGGACAGCUGCAACAAUCAAAACGAGCCUUUUAGUAUAAACGUGAAUGUAAAUAAGAUUACGGACAACUUUGAUAAGAGUGCGCCUUCGGAUGCGAAUAACGAGUCGACGACAUUUUCCGCUCAGGAGAUUAUUUCAGAAAUCGAUGCUGUAAAAUUCGAUUCUAAGAAAGAAGCCAGCAAGAGGCUGAUCGAUGCCUCGGAUAUAGAGGACGUCCCUCCGUUGAAGUCCAAGCCUCCGUAUUUGGAAACCGAUGACAAGACGCUGGAAAACUUGGCAGGCACCGAUGUGCAGACGCCCAAGACUUCGGACGCGUCCAACGAGGCCGAAAAAUUGAGGCCGCAGAUCGAGGACGAAGCGAAGGCGCCAACAAUCUCCACAACGCAAUUCUUUCAAAACGAUUUCGGCACGGUAAAUGAUUCCGCGGCUGUCACGCCGACGGAGGAUCCGAAGACGAUCGAGUUGGAGACUGCGGAGACGACAGAGUCCGCGGAAAUCCAGGACAUCGAGAUGAAAAGUGUUCCUUGUGUAGCUUCCGACGAUUCAAUGGGCGUGGACAAUGAGGGUGUCUUCGACGUACCGCAAGAAGAAGAGGUGGAUCCCUUAGCGUGCACUGAUGACGACACUUUGAGGAAUAUCACCGAGGACGCGCCUGACGCCCCCAAGAUAAGCGUUCGCGUAAGGCCGGCGACCGAGUUGAUUUACGAGGGAUGGAAAUUGGACAGCACCACGGAACCGCCGAAGGUCUCGCGAAAGCGGCGAAACAGCGCUCAGGAAUCGAACUCCGAGGACGGGGCUGCGAAGCCGGAGGACGAAGAGAUGAUGGGCGGCAAAAGGAUGAAAUUGCGCGCGAGACGUACGCCGGACAAGGAAUUGCGAAAGUCUAUCGAGGAGAGUCGCGGUGCGGCGAGCUCCGAGGACGAGGCUGUGAAAUGUGAUCCCGGUAAUGUGGUGGAGCACGGGAAUAAGGGCGGCGACGAUCCGAAUGCGAUGCGGGCGAUGGCGAUCGACAAGAAGAUCAGGGGUCGGCCUAGGGGUAGACGGAGGCGCGGUUUCCGGGGUGGCGGGCGUCCCAAUCGGCCGAAGCUCGCGGAAUUUCAGGGCGAUCAGGCGUCGCCCGGUGCUCAUCCCGACGGAACAUCCAACGAUGCUUUAAGUACAGCAGCGCAAAAGAAACGGAAGAAACGGAAAAUGGUCUUGGGCUUAGAAAUAGGCAGAGAUAUCUCGUUGGAGUCGGAAACAUCGGGGAUACCGCAGGAUGAAAUGCCCGUCAGGCAAUCAAGAAGAAUAGCGCAGUUGAAGAUAAAAGAGCAAGCGGACAGGCGUAGAAUCGAGGAGGAAACUAUGCGUGAAAUAGAGGAGAAAAAGGAAACGGAGAAGAAAAAGAGGAAAAAGCAGAAGCCGGAGAGCGAGGAGGAAGUUGUCAUAAAAGAAAUAGAAAAGGAGAAAAAGUCGAAGAAGAAACGUCGAAGGAGGAGGACGAAGAAGAUGCUUGCUAAAUUUAACGAAUCGAACCCAUGGCAGAGCUCAUCCGGGUCUAGUAGCGACGAAGAGAAUGCGAACGAAGAAGAGGAGGAGGAAGACGAAGAGAUAGAGAGCGAGGGAUCCUUACUGUUUAAAAGUGAUCAUGAAUUUUCUCCGGAAAGCGACCUUGAGAAGGAUCAAGAGUCUGAGCCGCUAAGACGCGCUAGAACAGCGCAAAAAGCCCAAAGUGACGUCGAAGAAGCCGAGGAUGAAUAUGCCUGUCAGAAAUGUGGCAAGGCUGAUCAUCCCGAAUGGAUUCUUCUAUGUGAUUCUUGCGACAAGGGUUGGCAUUGUUCAUGCCUCAGGCCAGCACUUAUGCUUAUACCGGGAGGCGAUUGGUUCUGCCCACCGUGCCAACAUACUUUAUUGGUGACCAAAUUGCGGGAGACCCUAAAAACACUGGAUCAGUUAACAAAAAGACACGAGAACGAAGUACUGCGGAAGAAGCGAUUGGCCUUUGUUGGUAUAAGUCUAGAUAACGUACUUCAUAAAGGCGAGGGACAACACGGAUCGAAAGGAUCACAAGCAUCCAGUCAGGAAUCAGACAACGAUUCUUCCGAUUCUUCUUCGUCGGCCUCCAGUUCUGAAACCUCGAGUAGCGAGGAAAGCGAGCCAGUUUAUCAAUUACGAGAACGUCGGUGCGCCAGCACCUACAAGUUUAAUGAAUAUGAUGACAUGAUUAAUGCCGCGAUUCAGGAUGAAGUUGAAGCGGUUCAAGGUGCCGGCAAUCAGGGAAGGGGCAAGGACAUUGCAACGAUAGUCAACGCAGAAAAAGAAGAGGCACAGGCUGAAGCGUUAAAGAUGACGGAAUUAGAAGAGGACAAGGACGAUGUGGAAUCGAAGCCGGAAAAAGAAAGCGAUGAGGAAUAUAAGAUUGACAAUGAAGAUGACGAUAUGGAAGAGGAACAAAACAUAGUCGCUAGGAAAUUGCUGGCACGUAAGAAACAUCGAAAGCUGAACAGCCUCGAUAUAAGUAGUGAAGACGAUCCGGAUAGCGAUGAGGAUUUCAAGGGUUCAAGUUCCGACGACGAGGAGGACUUUGAUGAUCACAUGUCAUCGUCCGAUGAUAGCUUUACUGACGUGAAACGACGUGGUAGAAAGGGCGAUUCGCGUCCUGUUAGAAGAUCUACCAGAGCACGCAUGACUAGGGCUUACGAUGAAGAUUUUAUUAAUGAUGACAGUGACGAGAGUGAUCGACCAAAAAGAAAGAAAUCCCGAUCCGCGUGGGGAGAUUCGGAUAGCGAGGAUAGCGACAACUCGUGGAGACAGAGAAAGAAAAAAAGCAGAACAAUACCAACAACCAGGGUUAGAACAGUACCCAAAACAAAGGGCAAGAAGAAAAAAAAGAGAAAACGUAUAAUAGAAUCUGAUAAUCAGAGCGAGAAUGACGAAGACGAUGAGCCGAAAAUUGAAGAACAAUGUGAACCUAAUUUACAAGACUUCAACACCACUCUAAAUGAGAUAUUGGACGUUGAUAAGCAGGAAAAUUUUGAAGCUGCACCAAGCGAAGACAACGUUGAGGUAAAAGAUGAGAGAUUACAAGAGGCAGAAGCAGCAGCUUCAGAUGUCCCGAUUCCGCAGGUUCAGCAACCGUCGGAAACAGUACCGAUUCAGAAAAUCAAAAAGGACAUUGUGCCUAAACCCAAGAAAGCUCCUGCUAUUAGACGAAAGAUUAUUUAUGGCGGACUUCCAGAUGAAAACAGGCAAAAAGAAGAGGAAAUAUUAAGUAGACGGACUCGAGGACGAAAGAUCAAUUAUCGAGAGGAAAUGGCAUCGGAUAGCGAAGAAGAGCUGAAAAAAGCGUUGCAGAUGAGAAAGGCAGGCGAGAGCGAGGAUGAGUUUGUGGUGAACGAGGCCGACGAUAUGAAUGACGAUGGGGAAAAAGAUUCUGAUUCAGGAGACGUUUAUAUUCCUAAGAAGGAUGCGCUAAAAUUUAAAAACAAGUCACCGAAGACGAAAAAAUCCCGUAAUAACAAGAAUCUUGGGGCGAAACGUAAAUCGUUGUCCGAUGACGUACCGAAGCAAAGAAAAAAACCUGGACCGAAGCCUGGAAGUAAGAACAGAGGGCGCAAGAAGCUAAGGGACGAUAUGGACGGAGAUAUGAUUGGCGCAGUUAUGGACAAUCCUAUUAAUGAAAUAGCGUCCAAGAUGGAUGAGACUCUUCAAGACAACGUUGGACUAACAGGUACGACGAUCUCGGUAGCGAGUUCGUUUGCAGGGGACGUUCCCGAGGGUUCGCUGACGGGUCUCGGUGCCGGGGAGCUGGCCGAUCUGGACGACGAGCAGCUCGAACAGAUGAUGAUGGACGAGGAGUACGGUAGACGGCAACUGGAGCUCGCGGCAAUCGAGAUAGCGAAGAAGAAGAAAAAGGAGGAGCGAGAAGCCAAGAAGCUGGAGAAAGCGCGUCUGAAGGCCCUGGAGAUACUGGCAGCGGAGAGGCAGAGGGAUCCUAACGCACCCGAGGGCACGGACGGCGAGGCACCCAAGAAGAAGAAGCGCGGACGUCGCAGCAAGGCCGAGAUACUUGCUGAACAGAUGCGCAGGGACGGCGCGCCGAAUCUGGGCAUCGCAUCGGCAGCCAUCGGUGGGGUGAGCACGCCGGACGGCGUGAGUAAUGUAUCGCACAAUCUGAAUCCCGCUGCGUUAUCUACGGGCCUGACGCCGGAGAGUGAUAGGAGCAUCGAGAGGGGACACAUGCCUCUUAUGACCGGACCGGACGGGCAGCUUUUCAAUCCGGACUGCGCGCCAAUGAAGCCGAAGCGACGAGGUCGUGGUAAGGGCAAGAAGACUCUUGCGUUGGAGGCGGCUAGGGCCGCGGAAGCGGCGGCCAAGGCCGCGGCCGAAGCCGGUUUAAUCGCUGGCAUGGGUACUGACUCGAAUUCAGACAUGAAACAGAACGAUAUACCGAACGUUCUUCCCACGCCAGGUAGCAGUACGUCCGGCUCGGCGCCUUCCACGCCGCCGGCGAGCGCAGUGCCGACACCGGGCCCUCCGUCGACGCAGCCGUCGAAUUCGCAGCCGGUUUAUCCAUCGCUACCACCCGGUGGUCAACAGUCUUCCGUCAUCACGAGAAUGCUUCAGUCCCAGCCGGUGUCCAGCAGUCCGCAGUCGUUCACUGCAGCGGCGGCCGCGAUGGGUCACAAGUACUUCGGCGGACCUAACGCCGGCGGGCAGAUGAUGGGAGGACCGCGAACGGGAUACGAGAUGCAACCACGUGCCAGAAUCCCGUCCCCGUACAGGCAGGCGGGUCAGUCGGCCAUGCCGCCGCAUUUCGCCGCGGUCAGAUCGGGCACGCCGCCGAUGCGUAUGCGAGUACCCGGGCCGCAGAUGUAUCACACGCCACAUCACCCCAUGGACCCGUCCCCAUCGGGCGGCGGACCGAUCUCCAUCAGUAAUAGGGAUCGCAGCUCGCCCCUGACGCCCGGUGGACCGGCGAUGAUCCCACCGUCGGCCGGCAGCCCGCUGGCCAAGGGCGGCCCGACGCCGCCACCGCCACCUCCGCCGUACGCAAGGGGUGGCCCGCCGAUGGCCAGGUUCGCCGAGAAUCCUAUGGGGCCCAGGCAUCCGAUGCCGCCGUUCACCAACGCCUCACCUGUCAAUCACAGCAUGCAGCAACCCUCGCCACCCCCCAAUCGGCCGCCCGGCAACUUCUCACCGUAUCACCCACCUCCCCCUCCUAAUUACCACUACGGUGCCUACCCGCCGCCUCCGCCGAUGUCCACGGCGGACGACGCGGCCACCUACCAGACUUCGCCGUAUCCCUCGGAGCACUUCUCCUCGCCGGCAGACAACCAACCGCCGAUCCAAGGACCGCCACCUCCUCAGGGGCCGCCCCCGCCGCAGCAGUCGCAUCCGAAUGACGAAGACCACGGCACCGGCGAAUUUGGCGGGCUGGUAUCUUACUUCAGUAGCCAGAGAGAGGACGAUCUCGAUUCGUAGCAUGAGUGAGAGCUUGGCCAACCCUGAAUCAUUAGGUAGGGGGGAGCGUGCCCAGGUAAGAUCGCAACUUUUGCUACAGAGGGGAAAGCGGUAAAAGCGCGGAAUAGAGCACAGAGACACUGCGGACGAUCUUCUCGAGAACACUAGUGCGCGUGUGCUGCCACGUGAAACGAUACAAGCUGUAGGAGUCUUCCUCUUCGACCUCUAAAGCAAACAGUUGUCCUGUAGUCCUUGCACUUCUUAUGCCGCCAGAGGCAAAUCUAAGGUUGGCCAAGUGUAGAGCGAGCGGAACGGUGGAAACGUAGCGACAGGGCGGAGCCUAUUUUCUAAGAGUUGUAAGUUUUUCUGUAAUUAGCUUUCAGUUUUAUUGGAUUUGUAUGCAACGGCGUGCGACCGCGAAUACUCUAGCGAGUCGCAGAGCGGUCGUCUCGUCCGGGAGAGAUGACGGGGCGAGAGAUCUGACCAGAACCAUUUUUCACCGUUAUUCGUUAUCACAAUCCGCCAAUGAAAAUUCAAGCGAAGUUAUUGCCGGAAAGUUUUCAGACGAGAAUGGGAUGCUCUCGUUCUCCCCCGCCAAGUAGUGGCGUUGUCCGGUGGAAGAAGGAAACGAGAAAUUGAUCUUUAAUAAUGACCGAAAGGGGAUAAAAAUUAUCGAGUGGUUUUAAACGAUACAUCGUUAUUAACGUGUAUAUACUGUAAAUAUGUCGUAAGUCCUUUAGAUUAUAUAUAUAUAUAUAUAUUACAUGUAUUAUAUAUAUACACACAACACGUGCAGUCAUGCAAAAUACUACAAAAAUGAAUUAGUGCGGAAAGGGCACAAAAUGUAAUAUUUAAAUUUAAUUCAAAAGAAUGACAUCUGAAUAUAAUAAAUUAACAAAUGGUGU